ACGUGCACAAACAGUCAGUAUGUAACUAAUGUGUCUGCCCGUGUGCGCUACGUGUGUCAAGUAUGUUCGCCGGCUCACGUGGAUGGAUGCCUCCAAACACCUAUCGAGGUUUUCGCGGACUUCCUGAAAGUAGUGCCGCGUUGCAGCUGCGCUCGUUGCAAACAGACGAGUUCCUUUAUUCUUCUAUCGGCGGCUCAGACGAAAUAACACAACGUUAAUAUUUUGCAUCGUGUCGGUGGUUGUCAACGAACACAGCGAGGGGGAAUUUUUGAUCCGCUGCGUGAGGUUAUUACGAGCCCUUGCGUCUUUCAAAUAUCCCUCCGCUGGUUUUUGUCCCCUUUCAGACUGUUUUGGUCUUUUUGCUGUUAGCAACGGAACGAACCCGAGAUAGCAGUAAACCCUAUUUUGAGAUAAUUGCAUUUUUUUGUCAGAGUCACACAACGAACCGACAAGGGCUGUAACGCCCCCGUUUGUUUGGGACGAGCGAUUGGCACGUGUUGUCUUUUUUAAAUUUCAUUCUUUUUUUGUCUUAAUAGCAGAUGUACGGAUUGCUAAUUUCGCUAGCCACCGUUAGCCAGCUAGCCUCUUAGCAGCGCAUCUUCCUCGGGAGGCUCGCUACAUAUUAGCCCGCCAGCUAGCUUGGUCUCCGGUUCGCUAACGCUAGCGAGCUGUCACGCCACCACACGCCCGUCUUGUCGUCCGAGAGGUUGCGGCGUGAAGCUGGUCGUUUUAAGACGCCGUCUUUUAUGGGAUCACCAUGUCAAUGAAGGCCGGUGGAAAUCGCAGCAAGCCCGGCGGUGGCAGCGCCGCUGGUGCCCCUGCCCCUGGAGCCGGAGGAAGCGGCGGGGGACGACAGAAUCUGGGCAGGGGAAGACACAGUGGUAAAGGUCCUGCAGCAGUCAUUUUCAAUGGUGUAUAUGCAAAUAUGAGGAUGGUCCAUGUCUUGACUUCAGUUGUGGGGACCAAGUGUGAGCUAAAAGUGAAAGAUGGUGCAGUCUAUGAAGGAGUCUUUAAGACAUAUGGUCCAGAGUGUGACCUGGUGUUGGAUGCAGCCCACAGUAAGAGCCCUGAGCCGAGCAUAGGCCCCAGGAAAGAGGAUAUUGUGGAGAGCAUCAUUUUCAAGGCCUCAGAUGUGGUAGUGGUGACCUUCAAAGAUGUUGACCUGAGUUUCGCCAAGAAAGUCUCCUCUGAUACAGACAACUUCACAGAUGCAGCAGUGAGCAGUAGGAUCAAUGGCGAGCACAAAGAGAAAGAUCUAGAGCCUUGGGAUGGUGGAGAGACCCACAACUCUGACAGCCUAGAGUCUCUGGAUACAGAUGUGUCAAAUGGGUGGGACCCCAAUGACAUGUUCAAGUACAAUGAGGAGAAGUAUGGAGUGAUGUCUACAUAUGACAGCAGCCUCUCCACAUAUACGGUCCCCCUGGAGCGGGACAACUCGGAGGAGUUCCUCAAGAGGGAAGCGCGUGCUUCCCAGCUGGCCGAGGAGAUUGAGGCCAGUGCCACAUACAAGGCCCGCGUGGCCCUGGAGAAUGAUGAACGCUCCGAGGAGGAGAAAUACACUGCAGUGGUUCGAGGGGAGAGGGAGCCUCACACGCUUAGCAGCAGGGAGAACAAGUACAUUCCUCCAGGUCAGAGGAACAGGGAAGCGAUGUCUUGGGGACCAGGACGUCAGAAUUCACCUCGUCUGGCUCAGGGCUCAGCCGGGCCCUCGACCCCUCGACCCGGACCUCACGACUACAGUCCCAACUCCGGAGCCGACCAGAGGGUUGUUAACGGAGGUUCAUCCCAUUGGCCCUCACCCUGCCCGUCUCCUUCCUCCCGCCCCCCCUCUCGUUACCAGUCUGGCCCCUCCUCCCUGCCUCCUCGGGCGGCCACGCCCACCAGGCCACCUUCCAGACCCCCCUCUCGACCCUCCAGGCCUCCCUCUCAUUCAUCCCACCCCUCCUAUCCCUCCUCCUCAUCCUCCUUUUCCCACCAUGGGCCCACCUCGCCAGCCUCCACUCUGCCCAAACGCAUGUCUUCAGAAGGUCCACCCAGGAUGUCUCCCAAAUCCCAGCGGACACCUCGUGCUCACAGAGUGCCACCUUGCCGGACAACUGGCAUCCCUCCUGGAGUGGACUUAAUUUCCCACAAUGCCCCCGGAGAGGUCCCGGUGACUACCCCAAGUAGGAGCAGCUCCUCUGGAGGGACAUGGUCUUCAGUAGUUAGCGGAGCUCACCGACCUCGCUCCCCUCGUCAGAAUAGCAUGGGUGGAGCCUCCCCUGGCUCCUCCUCCCUCCCGUCACCUCAGACAGGAACAGCUCCUGUGGAAACUGUCGUCACACCAACAUCAGCUUCCUCUCCUACUGCUGCUUGUCCCGCUCCCAACAUGGUUGCCUCACCAACAGGAGAUGCAAAAGAGUGUCGCGUUCAGGAGACGAGACAAACAUCCCCCACGGCAAACAAGGAGAACAUCAAGCCCUUGGAGAGCUCGCCUAGUAUCCCCAGACCAGUCUGCAAAGGACCCCCUUCAAUGGCACCAGACCACAGAAAACAAAUAGAUAAUUUAAAGAAAUUUAGUGUAGAUUUUAGGUUGCAGUCUAGUUCAAACCCAGACCCCGCCUUUGACCAGAUGAUGACCAAGCCACCCAGAGAUCCAGCAGACAAGCCUAAAGACCUUCCCCUGGACAAAACCUCCACCGUGGCGCGGGAGGGCAAUGAAGAGGGUGUUGUAGUGAUUGCUGCUGGAACCGCUGCGGGUGCCCCUGCUCCUUCCUCUGCCAACACAAACACCAGUAAGCCUGGCAGCCCUGCUGCUCUGUCCCCAUCUCCCUCAGCCCCAGAUCUAAAGAGGGCAGGGCUGGACGUGGCCUCGCAGGGAGUUCAGACGACGGCCACAUUCAGUGGAGCCAAGCAUGAAGAGAAGGAGGAGAAAAAGGAGGCUGUGCAAGAUCAAGUGAGAAAAUCAACCCUGAACCCAAACGCCAACGAGUUCAAACCCAGGUUCAAUCAACAGCCCAAACCAGCCAACACCCCGACACCCCCUCGUCCUCAGGGCCAGCCCAGCCCAUCCAUUGUCGUCCAGCAGCCCCCGGCUGUCUACAGCCAGACAGUCUGCUUCCCCCAAAUGUAUCCGCUCACACCCGUCAGCCCGGGAGUGCAGAAAAGCAUAAUAUGGAAGUCUCCAGCUAUGUACCAGGUGCAGAUGCCUCAUAUGACCGUCAGCCAGUCUAAACCCUACAGACCAGGUAAAGUACCCAACAUGCCCCAGCAGAGGUCAGACCAGCACCACCCGCAGGGCACGCCCACCAUGAUGCACCCAGUGACGGCAGCAGGACCGCCUAUUGUAGCACAGAGCCCCGCCUAUUCUGCCCAGUACUUCACCUGCAGCCCGCAGCAGUUCACCAGUCAGCCACUGGUCCAGCAGAUGACUCACUACCAAUCGCAGGCGCAGCAUGUGUUUAGUCCAGUAAUGCAGGGGAGUGCCAGGAUGAUGGGGCCACCCACACACGGCCAACCCAGCCUCGUCUCCUCUUCAACUACACAGUACCCAGAGCAGACACACACCAUGUAUGUGUCUCAAGGGCCGAUGCCUCAGCAGUACCCCCACCCCAGUGCCACUUUGCACGCUCACCCACAGCACCCGCAGCCCUCUGCCACGCCUACAGGCCAAGGCCAGCAGGGUGGUCCCCAACAGCAUGGGGGUCCUCCUAACCAUCCAUCAGCCAGCCCAGUCCAGCACCCACAACACCCGCAGGCUGCUGCAGCUGCAGCAGCAGCCCAGGCCCUCCACAUGGCCAACCAGUCUCCACAGCAGCAGAUGUACUCAGCCUUGGCCCCCACACCCCCCUCCAUGACCCCAGGGCCCAACCCUCAGUCUCCCCAGGCAUCGUUCCCCUCUGCCCAGCAGACGGUCUAUAUCCACCCGCAGCAGGUGCAGCACGGCUACAACCACAACCACAUGGCGCACGUGCAGCAGGCCCAUAUGCAGUCUGGUUUAGUUCAGUCUCACCACCAGGCGCCUAACCACCCUCAAAUGAUGCUGAUGGCCACCCAGGGGCCUCCAGGGGGGCCGCAGCCCCAAAUGCCUCAGAACGCCCUCAACCCCAUCCCGGUUUCAUCCACCACACAUUUCUCCUACCUGGCACAUCCACAAGUGCAGCCUCAUCAUCAUCAGCAGCAGCUGUAGACAGAGGGCGCCAGUGAGCCGAGGGACCCGCUCUGCGUCCGCGCUCCUCAACCAGAGCCUCCAUAACCGGGCGAUGAAGAGAACGAGAGCCCCGCCCUCUCCUUCCUCACCAGACAUGCUUCACAUCAGCUUUUCUCUUUCCUCCCCCU